AUGAGCUCCCCUCACAUCUGCCUGGCAUGCCGUCGAUCCAUCCGCCAGCUACGCCCUACCACAGUUGUGCAAUGGAGGUCCCGAGCUGCCUUCAUUUCUCUCAGUAACAACAAACCUCGAAGCAAAGAUGCCAGGUCGUCGAAGGAUGGCCAAUUGAAAUCCGACGAAUAUGAUGGGGUUUCAGCUGUGCCUCCGAGGAGGAAGACGGUUCGACCAAAGAAGGACGUUCCUGGAGAUGUUCUUGAAUCUCUCUUCGAGCAGACCAUCCACCCGCAACGACCAGAAGAGCAACAUCACACAGAUCAUGAAUCAAUACUGGAACCCUAUCAAAAAGUGCAGGAGUUAAGCAAGAUGAUGAAGGAUGGAGCACCUUACCCCGACCAAUGGGCAUUCUUUGUCGAGAACUUCGGUCCAGCUGCACAACGUGCACGAGGCAUAGCCCGAAUAUCAAUGCCUUCAUUCUUACGACCAACGAUCAGCUCUAUGUGGCACUCCAUCGUACAGGCAAAGGAAAAUGGCCAUCCAUUGCCAGAAUCACUUCCUACUACUGCGGAAAUUUCAAGGGUCUUCAUGAAACUCGGUUAUCUCCAAGGUCACGAUUGGAUUGAGAUGGUGUCUCAUCCUAUCCGAGCCAUCUUAACGAUGAGGAACAGGGAGUUGGAUGACCCAGAGAUGGAGAAACGUCAUACCGAAGAUCUGAUUGGUGCCUGGAAUAUUGCCUGCCGGGAUAUAGGGCAGUUGGAAAAUAUUCAUGAUAGCGAUUCUCCAUUCUACUGGUCAUCAUUGCCAGCCAUCUCGACAGCGGAUGCACUCAAAGUACACAAGAAACUAGGCUCCCACGAUUGUUUUGGGCUUCUGGUUCCUUCUUUCUCACUGGGAAGUCUGAAAGCAUUCCCUGUAGUUGCUCUUGCUACCUUUGGGCUUUUGACAGAACGUACCGUCGCUACAGAAAAGCUGAACAUAGAUGUAUCGCCUCUUUUGAUGACAUUGAGCAGAGUGAUUAGCGUUCCCGGCUUGGAUUAUAGCAGAAUCUACUCGCCAUAUUCUACAUCAAAUGUCGCCCAGUGUUCGGAUUAUGUCAAAGCCAAUUGGACUGGAAUCUUAGCUAGGGCAGCAGAGAUGGCACAAUAUCACCAUCCUGAGGUUGACAAGACAAAAUCAGAACGCGUGUCGCGUGCACCCGUUCAGAUCAGUGUAAGCUACAUCAACAGAAGACUUCAUGAAGCUUUUACCAAAAAGAACCUACGGCAAGUCGACGAGAUCUGGGCGGACGUGUCUAAAUGGCCGGUGAACACCUCAAGCUCUGAUGGCCCAUCCACCGAACCAGGAACGAUGUCAAUCACUUUGGCUAAUUACUUGAUUCUUGUCUACAUGGGACUUCGCCAACCGAAUCGUGCCAUCGAUGUUUGGAAUCACAUGGUUAACACUGGUUUGACUCCGACUUUGAGAACCUGGGAUUCAAUGAUGACAGGAACUAUCAAUGCUAGAGACCCUCGGGCACUAGAACAGGUCUGGACGAAGAUGAGAAUGGCGCAAGUUGAGCCGGACACAAUCUGCUGGGCGACAAGGGUCGGUGGACUGCUCACAUGCAGAAGGACUGAUGCUGGGGUUGCCGCACUUGAUGAGAUGGGCCGUAUAUGGAUCGAAGCGGCGAGGCGGAAGUAUCCCAGCAUGGAACAGUCCGAAUUACAGUUGAGAAAUGAUGUCGCCGGCGCGGUCAAACCUUCGAUUGAAGUAAUAAAUGCCGCAAUAGGGGCAUUGUUCAAGAACAACUUGGCCAAAGCUGCCUACAAGAUUCUGGCAUGGGCUGGAAAGUUUGGCAUCGCCCCAAACGUUGAUACCUACAACGCUCUCCUCGGGGCCUUGGUUCGGGAAGGUCGUUCACAAGAGGCCAUGGCUCUGUUACAGCGGAUGCAUAAGACUGGCGUGCAACCAGACAGCUACACCUUUACGACAAUUCUAGACGAAACAUUCCGAUCCGUGGAUGGACAUACACCAGAAGAGGCCAAGGAGAUCGUUCAAAGUGUCUUUACUGAAAUGGAGCUCGCAGGCCUCAAGCCCAAUGUUCAAAUAUUUGGCAAAAUCAUCCGCCAAUUACUUCCUCAAGAAGUUGUUCCGCCCGAAGAAUUGGCCACUGUCCAUGCCGUGAUUGACAUAAUGAACAAGCAGGGCGUAGAACCUAACUCUUUCAUCUUCACCAUGCUCUUAGAGCAAUACUUUGCUCAGACACCGCCAGAUAUGGACGCUGUGCGGAAUACGAUUGAGCGCGCGUCAAACACUAAGGGUGGAACCGAUGGUAUAUUCUGGGACCGAGCAAUUGAAGGGUAUGCCCGCCUCAAUGAGACCGGGCCCGCCAUGAGGAUUCUUGGAAAGGUUCAAGCCUCGAAGGGUAGGGUAGGCUGGACAGCAAUGAGGCUGUUGUUAUUGGCUUUGGUGGAGAAUCAGGAAUGGGAAAUGGCAAAGACAUUGGUCAACAAUGCUAUUAUAGAUAAUGGGGCACCAGUGCCACGUGAAGUACGAGGUCACGAACGACAACUGAGUUGGGAGUUUUGGAGGUUGGCUCGUCAGUUUGGUCUUGUUGAGCAAGGGCCGGAACCCAAGGCGCAGCAUAUUAAAAAUACGCAGAAGUGA